GAUCUUCAGGUUCAAACAUCUCGCCACGGGACAUUACUUGGCUGCCGAGGCGUGUACCAGGCCUCCUGACGCGCAGGUGGAGCCCGGCGAGCCCGCGUACCAGCUGGUGUCGGUGCCGCACUCGUCGGAGAUCGCCACGCUGUUCGAGCUCGACCCCACCACCAUGACGCACUCCGACGCGCCCGUGCCGCAGAGCAGCUACGUCAGGUUACAGCAUUUAUGCACGCAUACAUGGGUGCACUCGACCUCCAUACCUAUAGACAAGGAAGAGGAGAAACCCGUCAUGUCUAAAGUAAGCUCCCAUAUUACUCAAAAUAUUACGUACGCUAAUCGUAUUAAAUGCAAAUUGAAACUGUAUAUGAAAAUGUAUAAGGUUCACUUUGAUCAUAUACAUAAGGCAUAUACAAAUUUCAAACGUUUGCAAAAGUACGUAAGGUUGCGAUUCGAUUGCCUACGAAUUUUUCGCUUUUCUGUCCCCUAAUCUUUGUUAGAUUGAUUUAAAAGAUAAAGAAUU